AUGGAUAUCUGUCCUGACGUUGUACAGUCCAAUUACCUUGUUCAGACAUCUCUAGAUAACAGUCAUAAUGACGCAUUUCUGAAGAGGGAAUUACGCAUUGUUUUGCUGGGCAUCACUGGUGCAGGGAAAAGUUCAUCUGGGAAUGCUAUUCUCGGACAGAAAAGCUUUGUAUCAAAGGUCUGUUCUUCGUCGGUUACAUCAAAAUGCUUGGAAAAGAAGACAACGCGUUUUGGCCAUGAUAUUGUGAUCAUCGAUACACCGGGCUUCUGCGAUACUCACCGUUCAGAGAAGGAAAUAACCAAGGAGAUUGUCAGGUGCAUUGGAUUGUCAUCACCAGGUCCUCACGCCUUCGUCAUGGUUCUUAAAGUUGGAAGAUUUACCAAAGAAGAGCAAGCUAAAAUUGCUAAAGUUAAAGAAGUAUUCGGCCAAAAUAUGACAAACUAUUUGUUCGUGCUCUUUACUCGACUUGAGGAUCUUGAAGCAGACGAGCAGACCUUAGAGGAAUUUCUAGCACAGAAUGAUGGUGAACUCAAAGAACUGAUCGAUGAAUGUGGCGACAGAUGUACAGGAAUAAACAACAAUGAAAAGGAUGCUAAAGUCAAAGAACGCAAAGUUAAGAAGCUGAUAGAUAUGAUAGUGUCUAAUGUGGAGAAAAAUGAUGGACGUUACUAUACAUCAGCCAUGAUGGAAGCAGCAGAGAAAAUUAUUCUUAAACGUCAAGAGGAACUACAGAGAAAGAAGGAGGAAGAAGUUCGCCAAGAAAGAGAAAAGGUAAAAAGGGAGGCAGAUGAAAAGCUAGCACAGCUUGAAAAAGAGAUGCAAAAGAAACAAGAAACAAUGAUGGAACAGGAGCGGGAAGAACUACGGAAACGUCACGAGGAAGAGCUCAAAAGAAUCGAAGCUGAACGGAUCAAAGAAGAGAAGAGGUUAACGGAGAAAGCCGCCAAAGCAGCAGAAGAAGCAAGACACCAAGUUAGGGAAGAAAUCACACAAGGUGAAACGAUCUUAAAUGCCAUCGGACGAAGUGUGGUUAACAUAGUUAGUAAAGGUGUGAGUGACGCAUAUGGUUGGAUUACAUCUUGGUUUUAGAUCAUCUAUUGCAUCGAAGAGGAAUCACGACCUGCUAUGGAUUCCACAAGAACAAGAAGAUUCAUCUGAGAUAUAUUGGAAGAACAGAACUGUAUAGUUUUUACAAUUUUCCGAAGCUGUGACUAGGUUAAGCGAUGUUCACGUACUUUCGGUUCAUUUGGACGUUUCUGUCCGAGUAAGUUUGACCAUGUUUAUCUUCUUUCUAGGUAAAAACACAAAAUAUAAAUUAUUGUUUUAUUCAUCGCUACCAGGUAAAAAUCAUUUUUUAAAAAUCCAUUUUGACUCCUUUUGAAAACAGAUUGUGUACACAGUUUCGAAAUAUUUUUGUUGUAUUGAAGAUAUAUGGAUGACAUUAGGCAUACUAAAGUGGAAAAACAUGUUUUAAAAUAAUAUAAUUGCAAAAGACAAGACUUUUACCAGUGUUUUUUUCUUCAAAUCAGAUUUGUAUAGUCACUUGCUGGUAUUAGUAAAAACAGUUGUGAUCCGAUUGCUUACUCUUGUUCUGUGCAAACGUCGUUAAGCCUUAGUUUUUGGCCAUCUAAACGAAGUUGGAACGUGAUAUAUAGAUAUUGCUGUCUACGGUAAAGGGUCUAAUCAGAAGUUAUAGCCAUUUUAACGUGUUUACGACAAAUAAAACCUUUUAAAAAU